GGAAUCUGGUAGGGAAUUCCUGUAGGAGGUUCGCGAUCCCGCCGUGGCGGAGAAGCGUGGGAAUGUAGCGCGACCUCGCCCUGCAGAAAGGGCUUGAAGACCUCAUCUUGAUGAUUCUGUGGCCCCCACACCUUGGUUCCUAACUACAGAUGCAAAAAGAAUAGAUGUGUAGAUGGAUAGUUAGAUAGAUGGAUACAUGGGCAUACCUCAGACCAAAUAAAUCAGAACCUCUGAAAAUAAGGCCAGGUUUGGGAACCACUGCUGCACCCUGUGUUGGCAGAAGCGAACCUAAAUCCAGGACAGUCCCUUGGUAAUGUCCAGGGCUCCAGGAAGAGAUGUCUUUGUGGCUGGAGGCCCCUGUGCCUGAUGUUUCUCCUGACUGUGCAGUGGAGCUGUGGGAGCCAGAUGCACAAGAUGCAAGCAGCCAGCCUCUGGGAAGCAGCAACUGUAUCCUCAGGGAGGAAUCUAGCACACCCCAAUCUGCUAGGGGCACUUCGAGGGUGGGGCUGGAGGCAACAGAGCCCACAGCCCUGCUCCCCGGGGUGGAGGCCCCUCCAGAGUCCACAGAGCUUCGUCCACAAAAGCGGAAAAAGGGGCCAGCCCCCAAAAUGCUGGGGAAUGAGCUGUGCAGUGUGUGUGGGGACAAGGCUUCCGGCUUCCACUACAACGUGCUGAGCUGCGAGGGCUGCAAGGGAUUCUUCCGCCGCAGUGUCAUCAAAGGGGCGCGCUACGUCUGCCACAGUGGGGGCCACUGCCCCAUGGACACCUACAUGCGUCGCAAGUGCCAGGAGUGCCGCCUUCGCAAAUGCCGCCAGGCCGGCAUGCGGGAGGAGUGUGUUCUGUCAGAAGAACAGAUCCGUCUGAAGAAACUGAAGCGGCAAGAGGAGGAACAGGCUCAGGCCACAUCCGUGCCCCCGAGGGCUUCCUCUCCGCCCCAAGUCCUGCCCCAGCUCAGCCCGGAGCAGCUGGGCAUGAUUGAGAAGCUGGUGGCUGCCCAGCAGCAGUGUAACAGACGUUCCUUCUCGGACCGGCUUCGAGUCACGCCCUGGCCCAUGGCACCAGAUCCGCAGAGUCGGGAGGCCCGUCAGCAACGCUUUGCCCACUUCACGGAGCUGGCCAUUGUCUCUGUGCAGGAGAUCGUUGAUUUUGCCAAACAGCUGCCGGGCUUCCUGCAGCUCAGCCGGGAGGACCAGAUUGCCCUCCUGAAGACCUCUGCAAUUGAGGUGAUGCUUCUGGAGACAUCUCGGAGGUACAACCCUGGAAGUGAGAGUAUCACCUUCCUCAAGGAUUUCAGUUAUAACCGGGACGACUUUGCCAAAGCAGGGCUGCAGGUGGAGUUCAUCAACCCCAUCUUUGAGUUCUCCAGAGCCAUGAAUGAGCUGCAACUAAAUGAUGCUGAGUUUGCCUUGCUCAUUGCCAUCAGCAUCUUCUCUGCAGACCGGCCCAACGUGCAGGACCAGCUCCAGGUAGAGAGGCUGCAACACACAUAUGUGGAGGCCCUGCAUGCCUACGUCUCCAUCCACCACCCCCAUGACCGACUGAUGUUCCCACGGAUGCUAAUGAAACUGGUGAACCUCCGGACACUGAGCAGCGUCCAUUCAGAGCAAGUGUUUGCACUGCGCCUGCAGGAUAAAAAGCUUCCCCCGCUGCUCUCUGAGAUCUGGGAUGUGCACGAGUGACUGAUCUUCCCCUGUAUCUUCUGUUUUCUGAGCUGGAUGGCUGAGGCUGGUGGCUGCCUCCUAGAGGUGGAACCGACUGAGAAGGACAAACAUUCCUGAGGGCUGGGCAAAGGAGAUCCUCAAGUGGCAUUAAAGGAGAGUCAAAGGGUUGGGAGUUUU